UGGGAAAGUGCUCAACCACAAAACUUAAAGAAAAGUUGUGAGCCCCAUGAUAUGGCAGUGUUUUUAAGUGAUAUGCAUGCUUAUUGAACUUUUGUUUUGGAGCCAAGCAUCACUGACCAAUGUUUUGCUGCCAGCUGCGCACAGAGAAGACGCAUUAUCAUGGGAAUCAUAGGUGGGACAUGUAGACCACUGAGACACUCACACAGAGCCUAAAUCUAUUAUUUUCCCGGACGGUCAGCGAAGCAUUCCGCUUGACUGAUAGCGAUGGCCUUGGAGGCAGACAGCGACAGAGGUUCAUCAAGAAGCGCUCAUGAAAAAUAUCCCCGGGCAGCGUUGGAGCGCAACGGCUACGUGAAGACAUGUGUCACCCCGUUGCACCAGGACGCAGGGAGCCAGUCGUGGCUGAGACUCGCCGUGACAUGGACUUGCCGAGGAGUGUCGUCUGCGGUCUGCGUUGCCUCCGUCUCCGUUAUUCUCGCUCUGCUGCUCAGAUUGGUCGACUGGGAUGCAGGCAGCAGCAGCAGCAGCAGCAACGGAAAUAGCAGCGGCUCCGGUUCUCGUCUUCAUUUCGCGGCGGGCUGCGCUGUGGAGCUGCUUUUGACCGCUUGUUACUGCGUCUCCCCCGUUUUUACACUCGUAUGUGCCUUCUUCUGGGUCGGACUGUAUCUGAUUCGUUGCAGGGUGCUCAUCCGCACCGCGGUUUUUUUGUUAGCAGUGUGCCACUUGGGCGAAGCCGCGGCGCAGUCCCUCCUGCGCGGCGCCGAGGAGCAGCUGCUGUCCCUCCCCGCAACCCUGGUAGUCCUCGGCUGCCUGGGCAGCGGGGCUCUGCUGGUCGUCCGGCUGCGUCAGGGAGUGUCCAUCCUCGUCUUCAUUAGCGUCAUCAGGGCCGUCUCCCUCGUCUCUCUGAGCAGAGUCCGGGCCAGCUGGAGACCCUACCUGGCCUACCUGCUGGGGCUGCUGGGGGUUUUGCUUGCGAGUUAUGCUGACCGGCUCCUGCCGGCCUCAGGGACCAGCGGGACGGGGUGCUGUGGCUCUGUGACCGGGGCGAAGGAGGAGGACAUCCCUGUCUUCAAAAGGAGACGGAGGUCCAGCUCCAUAGCGGCCUCGGAAAUGAUGGCUCACAGUCAGAGCAACAGCAAGUCCCACCGCAGGACUUCGCUGCCUUGCAUUCCGCGGGACCAGACUAUGUGCCAGCCAGAAUGGGACUACAAGAGAGCUCUGAGCAGAUCGCAGUCUUCGGGCACCAGUGUGGUAGUGGACAUCGCGGUGAUGGGUGAGGCACACGGUCUGAUCUCAGACCUGCUGGCAGACCCCUCGCUGCCCCCUAACACCUGCAGCUCUCUGAAGGCCGUCAGCAACCUCCUCAGCACUCAGAUCAGCCUCCAGCCGCUCCACCGGCCUCGUGUCCCUGCAGACACACACACCUACUCUGACUCCGAAGACGGGCCGGAAAAAGCGGAGAGACUGGCCAUUCCAAAGCGUCUAAGACGGAGUCUGCCCCCAGGAUUACUUAGGAGAAUCUCAUCAACUUGGACUACAACCACCUCAGCUACGGGGCUGCCCACCAUCGAGCCAGGCCCUGUACGCCGAGACCGCUCAGCCAGCAUCAAACACACCACAGAAAGUGAGUCAUGGAACCAUUCAGUGAUGAUGACCAUCUCAAAGAGUCGGUCCAUGUCCUGUGCUGCCACCGUCACCUCCAACCACCUCUACAGCAAACCACUGGGAAGACCAGGUUUCCCCCCCUCCAACGUAUCACCUCUGGGCUCUCCGUGCCCAUCUCCUCCUGUCCAGGGCACGCCUGUCUCCAGCCCUACCAUCAAGACAUGUUCAGUGCAGCUUCCUGAGCCGGCUGGGCCCCUGACGGAGCGGACCCCUGGCUCUGUGGCUCCCAAGAGCCACCACAGAGCCUUAACUCACAGCCAGAGCGCCCCGAGCUCCACCACCCCUCACUGGCGGCCUCCUUCGCUCUGUGGCAGCUGUGGCAGGCCAUUCAACAAUCGACUAAACCACGGGGUAGAAUCUGUCGACAAAAUGGACAGAAUACCCCAUCCAGAUGAGCGUGCGGUAAUUUCUUCAGACUAUGACAGCACCUACGACAGCACCUACGAGACCAACCACAGUGACAGCAGCGACUUUGCACAGAAUGAAGAGGAGGGAGAGGGAAACAAGAAGCCGCCUGAAGCAAGGGAAGGUUGCAGGGAGUAUCUGGCGGAGGGCAUCGUUCUUCAACCACUCCUGCCAUCACCAGAGGACAAGCCAAUCUCGGCUGUGGAGCCUGUGAUGACAUCAGCGCUGGAGCCUCUGAUGAGUCAACUCAACAACUGGAACUUUCCCAUUUUCAGGCUAGUGGAGAAGACCGAUGGCAAGACAGGCUCCAUCCUCAGUCAGGUUUCCUAUAAGCUCUUUGAGGACACAGGUCUGUUUGAGACCUUUAGAAUUCCCGUACAAGAGUUCAUGAACUACUUCCAUGCUUUGGAGAACGGAUACAGGGUCAUCCCUUAUCACAACCGGAUCCAUGCCACUGAUGUGCUACAUGCUGUUUGGUUCCUCACCACUCAGCCUGUGCCAGGCCUGCCCACCCUGCUGACUGAGAAUGGGAUACACACUGACGCAGAGAAUGGCAUAACACCUGGUGCGACAGGCUUCCUGGUGUCUAAGAUGAACUCUGUGCUAGAGGACGGCUAUGGCUCCCUGGCUGGCCUUAUACCUGCCCUGGAGCUCAUGGCCCUGUAUGUAGCUGCUGCCAUGCACGACUAUGACCAUCCGGGAAGAACCAACGCCUUUCUAGUAGCUACCAGUGCACCACAGGCUCUUCUGUACAACGAUCGUUCAGUCUUGGAAAAUCACCAUGCAGCUGCAGCGUGGAACCUCUUCAUGUCUCGACCUGAGUUUAACUUCCUGGCUAAUCUUGAACAUGUGGAGUUCAAGCGCUUCCGCUUCCUGGUCAUUGAAGCCAUUCUGGCCACCGACCUCAAAAAGCACUUUGACUUUCUUGCAGAGUUUAAUGCAAAGGUGGGCGAUGAAGGGGUGGCUGGUAUUGAUUGGACCAACGAAAACGAUCGAUUGCUGGUGUGCCAGAUGUGCAUCAAGCUGGCUGAUGUCAAUGGACCGCUGAAGUGUAAGGAGCUGCACCUGCAGUGGACGGAGGGGAUCGUCAACGAGUUCUAUGAACAAGGUGACGAGGAAGCAAGCCUGGGCCUUCCCAUCAGCCCAUUCAUGGACCGGUCUGCUCCACAGCUUGCUAAACUACAGGAGUCAUUCAUCACUCACAUAGUGGGGCCUCUGUGCUCCUCCUACGCCUCUGCUGCUCUUAUGCCAGGACACUGGGUUGAUCCACCUGAGGGGGAGACGGAGUCAGAAGAGGCGAAGGAGGGACAAGACACAGAAGAGGAAGAGGAGGAUACUGCAGAUGAGGAAGCCUCAACAGGUUCUGACACCUCCCAGCGGCAACAAACCAAAAAGGUGAGCAGGAGGAAAGUGUUUUGCCAGAUCACGCAGCAUAUUCUGGAAAACCAUGAAAUGUGGAAAAGAGUAAUCGCUGCAGAAGUCCAGGAGGAGGCUCAGAAAGAGGACCCAAAGUGCAUCAGCAGCCCCACUGAUCCAAUCACAGCCAUUCACGAGGAAGAGGAGGAGCAAGCAAGCAAAGAGGAUGAUUCGACUGAUGGCCUUGAUGAAAGGGAAGAGGUGCCGGCUAUAGAGGAAGAAGAAAUCCUUUCGCAAUCAGAACCUUCAGGGGAAAAUGAGGAGGAGCCAGAGUGAUAUUAUGAGCUUUGACCGCCUCUUAAAACCAGGAUUCUGAACGUUGUCUAAACAUAUUUGUUUCUUUCCUAACUAAACUCUUGAUAUGGUAGCCAGCACAUCACUUUGACACAACACUGUAGAAGAUGUUUUGGGUAAUAUGUGCCUAACAAAAACUGGGUUUGAGGACAGGGAUGAUGCAUGCCCAGUUCAUCUGAGAGAGGUGAGAUGAGCAAAACAUGGCGUGACUGAGGAGUAGAAGAUGAAAAACAAAAAGAGAGUGAUUGGGACUUUACUUGUCUUUGCUGUAGUGUUUGUUUUAGUCUGGAUCUGCUGCCCUGCCCUCACCCAGACUGCCCAACCUGCACUACGGGCCAUACCACGCCAAUUCACAGAUUCACUCCACCAGUGAGUAAUACACUGUCACGAGCCCCGCUCCACCCUUCUUAGUGCUCCCAUGCUGGCUGAGGAUGUGCAACAAGCCCCCUCUCCUUGAAGACAAUGGGAUGAAAGCCAGGGAAAAAGCUGUGUCCUCUGUGGCUAGACGGGUGGAUUUCGGAGGGAGAUGGAAAGAAAGGGACAGUUGUAGUACAUUGUGUAUACAGCCAUACAGCCACACUCUCUCUCACACACACACGCACACACACACGCAAACACACACACCCACAAUGCUACUGUAGAAACACAUUCCAUACUCAGAACAGAUAGGAAGUCAAACAAAGAGGUCCUGUUGCUCUAAAAGCUUUAUUCUCGCUCAAGGAAAAACAUACAAAACAAGGUUUUGUUCAUGUAAAACAAUGUUUGUCAGCAUGUUUUUUCCCUGUCUUUUGUUACUCAGUAAGUCCAGCACACCUACACGUUUCCAGGCCACACAACUCAGGAAGGCAGAAACCCGUAGAGAAAAAGAAUCAAAUAGGACUCGCAGUUUCCUUCUCUUUGCCACUGCUUUAAGAGUUUCUUUCUCUGCUGCGUGUGAUGCUAUUAUUUCACAGAUGUCCACAGAGACAUGCUGUUGCGCAUCACAAAGGUACCACAAGGAAACAAAGUUAUUGACGAUGUUAUACUCUAUAUCACAAUUCUAUUUUAUUUAUUUUGUGCUCUCUCAGUGUCAGCCUCCCAUUGGCUCUUGUACAAUGCAGCAGCUCACACUGUUAAUCACAUCCAAACUAACUUACAAGACACAAGACUAACUGGUAAGGUAAUGUACUUUGUUAAGGAAAUGUCAUUUGUGUCUAUGCCACUUCCCAACUUGUUUUCUUUACAGUAAUGUACUCACUAAUGACAAGAAUUCUUUCUUCUUUGCAGUAUCAUUUAUAGGCCAGUAUGUAGGCCAAAUGUUUCAGAAAGUGAAGUAAUCCAGUAAGCCAUAGUGGCUCGAGCCAGAGCUGACGUACAACUCUCAAAUCACCCAAGAGGAUUUACUUCAAUGAGACAUAGAAAGAAAACCCUGUGGCUACUAUUGCCAUCCAGGGGGUGCUGUGCACCCACAACAAAUUGUCUAAAAAUCUCAAUUAGAUUAAAUCAUUCAGUCAUUUUUGUUGUUGCACAAAGAGGCAAAGAAAGUUAUGUAGAAAAAAUGAUGUCAGCUAUUUCUGAGUAAUGGAACCCAUGGACUUUAAAAAAGGAAAAGAAAAACAAAACAAAAAACAGAAAAAGAGUCCCAGCUGCAGAAAUGUGUAAUGAUAAUUAAUAUAUAUAUAUAUGAUGUUAAUAAUUAAGUCCAGUCAAGACAAUUUCAGGAUUGGUCGCAAAGGCUGCUAGUUUUUUUUGCCGACUCUGAUUCUGCGUAUUGAUUCCAAAAUGGUUAACAAAAAAAAAAGAGGUCAGAUCUUCAUAUACCAAAAAUAUCUUUAUUCUUUCAAGCGUUAACUAAACAUUCACAAAGUAAAUAAUAUUUACUAUUUGCUAGUCCAUUACGUGGUCUGUCAGUCAUACUGUUGUGACGUUAGCCAUGCAUGCUAGCUUGUAUCGCAUGUAGUCACAUAGACAGGUCCUGGCAGAUAGCUACAUCCUUGCAGAUAUGUAGCCUUUGUUUGCAAUAAUAUAGGUUUAUGGCAUUUAGUGACCUAUAAGAACCAAAAUUGUGUUCUUUCUAACAAAUACUCGCUACUUGACAUUUUGGAUAUGAUUCCAAUUUGGAUAUGAUUUUUGGCUCCCAGCUAUAAAUGCGGCUGUCUCUAAUCUUCUGUGAUACUGUCAGGGUUUUUUUAUUUUUUACCUACACUAAGGAAAUCAAAGUAUUUUGUAUAUGUAGUCUAUCCUUAAUGAGAGCAAAUAAAAAAGAGAUCUAAGAAUGAGAGAUGUAUGAUGCAUCUCAUGGCAGAGAUGUGCUUUGACAAAAGCUGUCAUUGAAGAUGAUGUCUGCAUUCUGCAGUAGAUUAAAAGGAAGUUCCAUUGAUAUCUGAUCUUAGGUCAGCAGACCUCUGGAUUUUUUCUCCAUUUAUUGUCCUUAAUGACUUAGCAUAUGGCUUCACGGAUUGUGUCUCCCCUUUGAUGUCCUCAGAGAUUCAGAUUGGUGAUGAAUUUGAAGGUGAUGUGAACAAGGAGAACAGCCUUAGUAAUGAGACUUAGUAAUGAAACAGGAAGGAGGAGAGGGAGAAGCCUGUUGGCUUGACUUGUAGCUGCUUAUGAAGGGUCAGGUGGGGCUCAGAUCUUUUUCACAUUUAAGUAGAUUCCUCUAGAUGUAACUCUUUGAAGAUGAGCCAGUUUGGUCGGAUUCAUCAUCAUCAUGUGGAUCAUCAAUCAUGUGAUGAUCCACAUAUCCAAAGUGUGCAAUACGGUAGAGUGUAUUUGAUCUGGCAUCGGGAAAGGAACAGGCGAACAGAACCAGAGACUGAAGGCGGCUUUGUGUCCUCACUGAGGGUACCAAUCUGUAGCAAGUACUUUAUGUCAAAAUUGCAAAGUGAACAGUGACACAUUUUGAUACAAGUGAAGGACCUUCUUAGAUUUUGAUAGCACUUUUUUGAGAAGCUGCCCGAGACUUAAGGCAUGCUCAAGAGUGGAGGUGGACUUGGAUAGGUAAGUCAGAGUCAGCAGUGUGUGGUUAUAUCUACAGCGGCACUAGUUGUCAGAGGCAUUUAAGCAGCAUUGAUAAGUAAUUUUACUUCAGUUUUGUAGCAGGUAUGGGAAAUUUGUGGUUGCAGAAUUUCCUUCCUGAAUGAGUAGCUGAGGUGAACAAGGUGACACAAAAUGCCUACUUAGAUUCAGUCUCACGUGCUGGUGAGUUCUUGGGUGAGGGCCGAUCACAAGAGAAAAACAUUACCAGGUGAAAGGAAACUAAGCAAUCUGUUUAACAGGUUUGUUUGCAGACACUGUCUACGUUUUUACUGGCUGAACUUGCCCUACUGUGACCCAAUUUCUUAACUCAAUUAGAGUUUUGCUAAUGUUAAUACUGUCUUAAUCCUCAGCUGUAUCCAUUGCACUGUUAUCAAAACGCCCAUUGUGCAGAGGAGAGCUAAACUGGGCAACGUAAUGCCCUUGAAUGCUUAUUCCAUGUACUUACAAAAGGAUGCAGUGGUUGAGCUUGUUUUUACUGCUAGGAAAAAGAAAGUCUGUGCUAACCAAAGCCUGAGCUUAUUGUUUGUGUUUCAGUUCUAGUUGAGAGGAGAGCUAAGGCAAGUUUAUUUGUAAAGCACCUUUCAACAAUAAGUGCUUUACACAAGACAUAAAAGGCAUUAAGGAAAUACAAGGCAAUAUAAAAAGACACAUUAAAAUAGGAUUUAAAAGAGUAAAAUAAAAUGGAAGAUGACAAUGAAAGCGGCAAACAGAAAAGUCUGAAGCUCUGAUUCAAAAUAACAAAGAGUUGGAGCAGUUUUUCGUAAGUUUGCUCCAGGUAUAUGAUGUUUAAAAAGUGAAUGCUGCUUCUUGGAGUUUAGUUUUGACUCUCGGAACAGUAAGCAGACCUGUCCCAGACCAGCUGAGAGGGCUAGGUGGUUCAUAAUGGAGCAGCAGAUCAGAAGUGUAUUUGGUCCUGAACCAUUCAGAGCUUUAUAAACCAACAGAAGUAUUUUAGAGUCCAUUCUUUGACGCACAGGAAGCCAGUGCAAAGAUCUGAAAACUACACUGAUGUGGUCUCUCCUGGCGUUGUGAAUCAGCUGUAGCUGUCAGAUUCACUUUCAGAGAGACCUUUUAAGACAGUGAUACAGUGGUUGAGCCUACUGAAGAUAAACGCUGAAAGACAUUUUUCUAAAUCCUGCUGAGACAUACGUUGUUUAAUUCUUGUUUAAUUCUAUAUUCUUAAGGUGCUCAUAGGCUGCCCUAAAGUGGUUUUUAAAACUAAGGCCCAUGAUUACGCCAAGAUAUCUGGUUUUGUUUGUGGUUUCAGAGAUUUUAAUGAAAACUAUUGCAGAUAUUUAAAUAGUUAACUUUUAUUUUGAAAAACUUUCUCUUUACAAACUGCAAAGGAAUUAAUUAAAAGCGAAACAACCCUCCCACGCUGGUGAAAAUUAGAUUGGAAGCACUGGAUAAGUACGUAAUGAAAGAAGAUUAUGUUGCUCGGGACCAUAAAAAAGAAAAAGCAAAGAGAUCCCUGAAACAUUAUGUUUCUAAACCCCAGCUCAGACCAAACAUUUAUGACAGGACAAAACCAUUUUAGCAGUGUGACCUGGCCCAUCUCAGAUUGACUCAAGUUGGCUGAUGGUGUUUCCUGUGACUCAGCUUCUUAAGUUGCCAGUGGCUGGUUUUGCACCGUAAGGCCUGUCACUAGUUUUCAACCGCCAAUCAGCUUGUAGCAAGAUCAGCUGGUCAAGUCAGUUACAGAUUUUCAGGUAGUCAAAAUGGCAGAGUUUUAGACAGAGUAAGGAAAGGAUCACCUCAUCGAUUUAUUUGAGGAGCAGCCCGUUCUGUAUAACAUUGUUGAAUUUGACCUGUUUUUCUUGGGAACAAUGAAAAAAAUACGAGAUCUCCUGUUGCAGCACCAAUGGAUAGCUCCAAUUCUUGAUCCUCUUGGUUUUUUAAUGUUCCUGCCAUUUCAUCACUACUAGAAAUGCAACAGUAGCGUGCCACUCUAUCACUAUCAUCAUUCAUAUUUUAAGACACUGCAAAUUAAAUCCAACUACAUCAAAAGCCAUCUCGUCACCAUCUUGGCUUUGAAGCUAUUUUUUGUAGUGGUAAACAGUGGAAUUACAAACUUCUGAGUCCGUCACGUGAUGCUGUAGGGCACAAAAAGACUUGUUUUCCACUCUUGCUGUAUGGCCCAGUGAUGCCAAAGAGUUGCUGAUCAUCCGGGUAAUUUUACACAGCAGUUGAACAUUUUUAUGUUCUUCAUGUGCCACUGAGCAGCUUUUAUAGGAAUGAAUGAAGUCCCACCUCCAGCACUGUAUCCAGUUCUCCUUAUAUACAUCCAUGAUGUAAACUAGCAGGUGUCAGAGUGAUGUAGAUCAGCGCAUUGCAGGUUUCAACUUGUUUCAUUGCGAAUUUGUGGUCUGAACUGGGCUUUACCUGCCAACACAAAUGUUGGAUGCAGUGUGAUUUAUCCAAGUCCCCUCCUGGACCAAAUGUCUUCCAAUAGUCUCUCCUUGCGUUGGCUUGUCAUGAUAAGUCUACCAGUAGCAGCGAUCUGUAAACACCAGCUGAUACAUGACUGAUCUGCACGUCUGUGGGUCACUACAGCAUUGACUGGGGUCUUUUAGUUGAGCAUUUUCUAAGCUUUGUACAGCAACGUAGCUUUCAACCUUCAGCUAUUCUAAAAAUAAACAAGACUGUAAAAAGCUCAGCAAGCCGCCUGUACACAACAGGCGUUUGAGCACACAUGAAUGAGCUUGAGCUCCAUGCACUGUAAAUACCCAAUGCACCGUACAGUAUAUUGAUGCCUCACUUGCAAUCUAAUGUGCAUUGCAAUGGAUUUUCUUUUAAACACUUUUCUCACCUUUGUACCAUCCCAUACUCCAUCUCUGUGUUUGGGAAUUUGUAGCAUCUCAUACUCCCUUUUCUUUAUUUUCUCGAAUUGUAUGGGAUCCGAGAAUACAAAGCUCACUAGGGAUCCAGUUGGUCAAAAUAGAUGCUUCCCUCCUCUGAUUUCCCCUUCCAGCCUGCCUCACUAACUGUGUACACUACAGUGCAGCAAUCAAAGAGACUUAAUCAAAGCUGUGAUAGACUAUGGGGUUGCUAUUUUUGCCGUGAACAAUCCAAGCUGUGUGUAGCCAUUUAGGGGGUUUUGUGAGACAUAUUGUAAGGGGGCAGUCAGCUGGUUGUUUGCUUCAGUCUUUUAAGAACAGGUUUCAGUUCUUUUUGCAGCAAAAUGAAAGGACCAUACCAGUGUUUCUGCAAGUUCUUUGCUUCUUGAAUUCAAACCAGGGUUUUCAUCCAUUUUUCUUAAGUAUAAAAAUAUAUUAGCACAGCCCAUCUCAGUGAUCAUUUGUCUGGAUUAAUUUGUGUCGUUUUGCAAUUUAAGUGAAGAUAAAUUUAAAAACUCUGCACUGCAUUACUUGAGAAUGUUGGGGGGAUUUAAGUACUCAAACAAGUUUCAAGAGCAUGCUUAUAGAUUUUCAUGUUGUGAUAAAUGAAUAGCAACCAGUGCAUGCCUGGAACAGCUGAUGAAAUACAUCCAAACUUGUGAAACACGCAUUGUCACAAAGGUCACUUGUAUUAUUAAAUGUAAGUGGUUUAGUAAAUGGGCCUAAGACAUGUUGGACCGCUGGUAUGGAUCCAGUUGACAGUGACUUAACACCAGUUUGAAAGCAGUGGUUUCACCUCCGACCAGACGCUGCAUCAGUGUCAAGGGAAAUGUUUUCUUUGUUGCACCUGUAACCACACCUAGUAGUGGUAAUAGUAAUGUCACUGUGUAAUGACACACCCCAGAAUACACUUGCUGGCCUGGCUUGACUUGGUUUGACUCAGCACGUCAACUCAGCGCUGCAGAUUUACAUCUCCAUACAAUAGAGCUACCCGUUUGAAGGUAUCUUACACUGAUGACACACUUGUGCUUGUGAACCAACAGAACGUUUUUCUGUCUGCCACGCUUGUGUUCCUGUGUUCAACAACUUUCUUGUACUGUUGUCAGAGUUUUUGAAUUUUCCCUCUGCACUGCAUGAACGUACGCUGGAUGCCCAUCUCCUGCCUGCUAAAAUCCUGUCAAAAUCGAUCUGUCAUCACCGCAACUAGCUUUAAGGUGGUCAGGCGUGCUUUGGCUCAACAAGAUGGUCCAUCUUGCACAUCACUCGCCACAAAUAAGCACGUUUUAACUGGUAAUGAAAACACAAAUCAACGGAGCUUGAUCUGACUUGGCAUGUCCAAAAGUGCCGAUAGGAAAGCCCUACUGUUCUGUACAUCCGUUGCCAGAUAUCGGACAGAAUUGUGAGCUUGUUAAAUUCCAUUUCCGUCCUCAGUCUGAUAUUAUGUCCACUCUGACUGAUUUUCGUAAAGGAGGUUGAUAUGAUUUUCCCCAGCUGAUCACUAGAGACCCACAUAUCCGUCUGAAUCUUACGCCAUUUUGGCAUAGCCAUGCCUAAAUACCUGUUUUGCUGGGGUUUUAGAAGCGCAGUAAAACUAACUCCAAUGUUGGUCGAUAUUGUAAAGACAAACAGCCUCCAUAGCAGCGUCUAUCUGUCUCUAGCACUUCUCAUUGCUGGUAUAACUCCUUAUUGGUCUUCGCACACUGCUCGACAAAAGCCUGACAACAUUAGUCCCACCCGUGGUCCUGAUUGGCUAAUCAAGUCUCACCGUGGUGCUCACUGGUAGUUUUUUAUUUUAACCGAGAAACCGCUGUGUCAGAGGAAUAAGUCAACUCGAACUCGGUGAAGUGCGCGGGUUUAAAGGUCUGGACCCAGGCAAGUACAUCCCUGUAGCAAGGUGAAAAGUUAAAUCACUGGAGGUCAGCAAAAACAAGAUUUUCAGAGGGGGUUUAAGUUGCUCUCGAAGUUCAUGAGAAUCCCCUUCUUUUGGUCCCUGGUAAUAUAAUAACUACCUGCUGACUCUAUGAAUUCUGUAUUUUCAUCCUAGGUAAAGAUUCUUGGUCACAAAAGCAUGAAAGCUCAUGUCAUCUGUUUUGUUUUGGUCUGAGUCUUCUUGGCAACAUGGCCCAGUGGUUUGUAGCAGGCAAUUGCAUUCAUAAAUUUCACCACUAAAGCAACAAAAGUACAGGGUCUUCAACUUCAUUGUGUCCGUUUGUCAAAGCCAGUAACAGUGGUUUCUUUUAAGUGACGAUGAGAGGAAGGGGGUUGCUGCACACUGGAUUAACUUGUGCAAACCAAAGACACUUUUUGAACUCUGUGUUUUUUUGUGAUUUGCACAAAAUGAGCCCUAAAAGGAGCAUGUUUCUUGCAUCUUCUUAUUUGUCAGUGUUAUCCAGAACCUGGAUGAGGAUGUCUGGAUAUGCUUAUCCUUUGUAACACUUCUCAUGUGAGGACAGGACAGGUUAAAGCAACAUAAGAACCAUCUUAGCAUUGAUACAACAGACCGGAGCUCACGGCGUUGUCCACACGUCUUUGCUGUCUGUUAUUACUUCACUGCCGUGUCAAUAGGCAGCAGUAGCACUACAGUGGACCUGAGCGACCGUUCUGUUCUCAGACUGAAGCCCUUGUAGUUUCUUUUGAUGGUCUGAACCAAAAACAUUCCUUUUUUGUAUUGUUUGUUGUUUCAGCCAUUUUAAAAGGGGGCUCUGCUCCUGUGCCAUACCAUUUUCACAUGUAUGUACAUUGUUUGAAUGCUACAUUUAUCAGCUUUCCUUGUUUGUCACAAAGGAAACCAAAACAAACUUUCUUUUUUUCCACCACCUUUAAAGCAAGACAAACAAGACUGGUAUGUUUUUAUUUUCUGUAGCGGGCGCUUCACAGACUCAAUUAUUUUCUUCUCUCCAGUAUCUUGCACUUAACACAUGUAGCAAUACCUACAGGAUGGGGAAAUUGUGUGAUUCACCAGUAUUUGUUUAAGUGAAAUAUGACAUUUUAUUUCUAGAUAUUGUUUGACUUUGUAUAAAAAAAUAUAUACUGUACAGAUUCAAAAGUAUAUUAUAACAAAAAACUUUUAGAAAAAAUAUUUAUUUUUACUGUUUUGUAAUUUAGACACAAUACUGUAGCUCCUCUAUUGCCAGACUUACUGGAAGUGCCUCUCGAUAAUGUAUUACAAAGUAACUAUACAAUAUAUUGGGAUUAUUAGAACCUGUCACUAGCAGAGCAGUGUUGAUGUUGUAAUGUGAAUAUUGUUGAAUAAUAAGAUUUAUAA